AUGAGGGAAGUGAAGAAGUAGAACUAAGCAGGCGGAAAAGAGUGGAGAGAGCAGUCUUAAAAUAUUGCAUCAAUUCAAAUUCAUGCUUCUGAGGUUUUUCUCCAGGCUUGUCAGAGUGACUGGAUGGCAGAUUUACUGUAGCUGCAGUAUUCAGAAGUAUUUGCUGAGUGAUAAGACUGACUGCUUUGUGGAUACUGCACACACGCUUCUUCAAUGGCACGACCAAGACCGGUGGUGAUGAGCGGGCCUUCCGGCGCGGGGAAGAGCACUCUGCUCAAGAGACUUCUCAGAGAGUACGAAGGGGUGUUUGGCUUCAGCGUCUCUCACACAACAAGGAACCCAAGACCUGGAGAAGAGAAUGGCAAGGGCUUGCACUGUCUCCCUUUGUAUCUUGAGGCGACAACAUUAUUGCCCCUAGCAGACGUCCUGCCUCCAGCUAGAGAUUACCAUUUUGUGACCAAGGAGGUGAUGCAGCAGGGAAUAGGUACAGGUGACUUCAUUGAGAAUGCAGAGUUCUCUGGAAACAUGUAUGGAACAAGCAAGGCAUCAGUGCAGGACGUGCAGGCCAGGAACCUCAUCUGUAUUCUGGAUAUCGACAUGCAGGGUGUGAAGAACAUCAAGAAAACCGAUCUGAACCCCAUCUACAUCUCUGUGCAGCCACCCUCCAUGGAAAUUCUCGAAAAGAGGCUGCGGGAUAGGCAAACAGAAACUGAAGAGAGUUUACAGAAGCGACUUGAUGCAGCGAGAACUGACAUGGAGAUCAGUAACGAGCCUGGUCUAUUUGAUAUUGUAAUUAUUAAUGAUGAUUUGGAAGAGGCAUAUGGAAAAUUAAAAUCCGUUCUCAUUGAGGAAAUUGAGAAGGUCCAGGAAUCCAAUAAGUCCUAACAUGGAGAACUUGAGACAGCUACCUUGCAGGCCAUUCCUGACAAACAGUUAACCAGCCUUCCAUUCCAAUAUAACAUUCCCAUAGGAGCGUUCCCUUCCUUCAGCCAGUCGGUCUGUCCUGACCAGAGCAAAGACCACUAAUAAUAUUUAUUAUAAUUACCUCUCACUUUAACAUAGGAACUUACAAAUAUUUUAUGAUGUGUUUGUGCAUUUUGAAGGUUUAUUUAUCCUUGUAUUAUUUCUAGGUUUAUAUUUACUAUACAUUUACUUAGCAGCCCUUCUUGUCCACUGCUGUGCUUGGGUUGCUGAAAAAUGUGAUUUUUUUUUUUUUUUAAGAGAAUUAGUACUGGUUUUCCACAACUGUGGGCUUUUUAGUAAAAAAAAAAAAAAAAAGAAAGAAAUGUACUUACUGGUAUGUCUAUGAACUAUUUUGGGCCUGCACUAUUUUCUUCUGAAGUAAAAAAAUUAAUAAAAUAGAAAACACGGUUCAAUCAGUCUGAGUAAGAAGUAUUUUGCAUGACAAUUUGUUUCAGUGGUACUUUACUUGUCAAUGAAAAAUUGUGGUGCAGUAAGUUAGUAUGUUUUUUUUUUUUUUCAUUUUGUGUACAGCUUUUAUUUUAGUUAAUUAUAUAUAUAUAUAUAUAUAUAUAUAUAUAUAUAUAUAUAUAUAUAUAUAUAUAUAUAAUUAAUGAAUUUUUAAAACAUCACAGUUGCACUAAACCGCACCUCCAGCAUAUUGACAGAUAUGAUAGGUGCAUAGGAAACCUUUGCUUUUAAAAGAGAGUGGAGAUAAUCCUACAUAUUGUUUAAUAGAUGGCUGAACAGCUCUGCCCCCACAGUGCAGAUGAGAACAUGGUCUUAAUACUAUCUGUCAGCUGUUGUUCAUGACGUUACAUGAUGUAAAAUUAUUGACAAAAGGAAUUUUGAAACACAUAAUUUCAAAUCAGGGAAAGCUACCUGUAUUCAUAGCUUUACUUUAGGAAAAAAAUACUGAUUUAUUUAUUCAUUUUUUUGUUUGUGUGUUUUCUUGUAUUUUUUAAUGUUGUCAUUCCAGUUUAAAAUGUUCAUACUGUAGCCUCUGAUCUCUGCAAACAGCAAAUUAGUUUCCUUCCUGCAACACUGUGUCACUGUACUUGCUACAUGAAUAUUUCAACCACAAAAGCUCUCGCUGUCUACAAUACCCAUUGAAACAAAACACUGGUUUCAUUAAAAACGCGCUAUUUAAAAAAAAUAUUUGUAUUAUAUAGUUAAACUAAACUUGGAAAUACAAACUUGGUCUGAAAACCCUGUUGUGUAAAGAUGGUGGCUGAUAUUCUAGUAAGCAGGGGCACAGAGGAUGUGAUGUCAUAAAGGAGUACAAUACAUAAUACCUAUUCAUAAUUAAGACCAUUCGAAGUCUGUAAUCAGUUUGAAGUCAACAAAAUCUUCCUCUGGUGGUCAUAAUAGAUUCAACCUUACAUGUAAGCAACGUUUUUGCUUGCCAUCAAAAAUAAUUCACAAAAUGAGUUCAGACUGUAUACGCUUUUAUUAUUUUAUUUGCUUUACAAAACCAAAAUCAUGUAGAGUUAAAAGGUUAGUCUUUUUAAUAAUGUGGACGGCACACCAUAUUAUUCAAAUGAGUAGUAUAGAAAAAAUAAAAGUAUGGGAACAGCCUAAUCUACCUUAUCUGUAAUAGGCAUUCUAAGAGUAGUAUAGUGUAACCUGCUUAUAGUAAAGGCUAGGGUAAGUUAAUUGUAGGAAGAAAAACUUUUCUUUGCAGAUCUACCAAGAAUGGAUCUAGGAUUCACCUGUUAAUCCAGGAUUGAUGCGGUCAGCAGCACAGCUUGAUUCAUUGUUUCGUGACGUAGUAGUCAGAGCAACCAUGGCAACAAUGGAAGGUACACCCAACAUCCACAACAUUUAAAAUGGCAGACAAGUAAUUUUAUUUAAUGCUUCUUUCUCAGCUGGAUACUCUCCUUUGGCAAACAUGGUUACGUACUGUAUUAUUGUUAUGUGUUAAUUGGUUUAACUUGGAUUUUUAUAGCACUGUUCAAUUCUUAAUAAAGUUAAUGUGAGACACUCCAGAUAUUAACAGUG